UCCAUAUUCAGUAAAGCCUUUCACAACAUUUAUAUAGUUGAUAAUUUAUAUCUCUCUCUAUAUAUAUAUAUAUAUUUAUAUAGAUUACUUCAUGGAGAAGCUAAAGAGUUUUAGGCAUCUCAACAACAAUAUAGAUUUGAUUCUAAAUGAAGAGAACAGCACAGAAAUACUAGGAGCUCAAGCCCACAUAUGGAACCAAAUCUUCAACUUCAUCAACUCCAUGUCCCUAAAAUGUGCCAUUCAAUUAGGUAUACCAGAUAUCAUCAACAACCAUGGAAAACCCAUGACCAUUUCUCAACUCACACUUGCACUUCCCAUCAAUCGAAAAAAAUCCCCUUGUGUCUAUCGCCUCAUGCGAAUUUUAAUUCACUCUGGCUUUUUUGCUCUGCAAAAAGCCAAAGUAGGAGAAGAAGGAGGAGGAGAAGAAGAAGGCUAUGUUAUUACCGACGCUUCCAAAUUACUUCUCAAGGACAAUCCCAUGAGUGUCACACCCUUCUUGCUAGCCAUGCUUGAUCCGGUGAUGACUAAGCCUUGGGAUUUUCUUAGCAAUUGGUUUCAAAACGGCGAUCCUACCCCAUUUGACACAGCCAAUGGGAUGGCGUUUUGGGAUUAUGGUAGCCAUGAGCCAAAGCUAGCGCGAUUUUUCAACGACGCCAUGGCUAGCGAUGCACGACUGGUGACGAGCGUGGUGAUCGAAAAGUGUAAGGGGGUGUUUGAGGGAGUCGAGUCGUUGGUUGAUGUUGGUGGAGGGACUGGGACUGUGGCAUCAUCAAUUGCAGCUGCUUUUCCCCAUAUUCAAUGCACUGUUUUCGAUUUACCACAUGUUGUAGCUGAUUUGCAAGGUGGGAAUAACCUCAACUUUGUCGGUGGGGACAUGUUUGUUGAUGUUCCUGCGACUGAAGUAGUUUUGUUGAAGUGGAUAUUGCAUGAUUGGAACGAUGAAGAAAGUGUAAAAAUACUAAAGAAAUGCAAAGAAGCCAUAAGCAAAAGCAACAAAAAGGGAGGGAAGGUGAUUAUAAUAGACAUGAAAGUUGAAAAUGAGAAAGACGAAGAUGACGAGUCGUAUGAAACACAACUCUUCUUCGACAUGUUGAUGAUGGCUUUGGUCACCGGACGAGAGAGAAAUGAGAAAGAAUGGGCUAAACUCUUUAAAGAUGCAGGUUUCUCAAAUUAUAAGAUUACUCCUAUUUUGGGUCUAAGAUCUCUCAUUGAGGUCUAUCCAUAAUUGUAAGUUAAUCUCUCAUAAGUUGGUAUUGUAAUAAGGAAACAUAAUUAUCUAGCGAGUGAGUAUGUAAGCCAAUGUAAUAAGAUGGGAACAAUUGUUAGUGUUUACAUAAGACUCAAACUUUAUUAUCGAAAUAUGUGAUUGUGUUGUUGUUUCCAACUCAUCUCAAUGAUUAUGUGAUUGUGUUGUUGCUUCCACAUCAACUACACAGUGUCUUAUGGCAAA